CUACAUUUUUCUCAGCACCAUGCAGACUGUGGUUGUGCUCCUUCUGCUGACUGCGCUCGCAGCCAGUGUUAUGGGCAACAGCGUGCGCAUGACGGUGGCCAAGCAGCGGCACACGCCUGCACAGGCCGAGGCCUGGCUUGCUGGCUACAAGGCCCGUGUCUCUGGAGCGGCGCCCAUGCGCUCGCUGGCCAAGUACAACGCCGCCACCGGGGGUCAUCCCCAGACGGUUGUCAACUACGGUGACGAGCUCUGGGUCGCCAACAUCACCGUCGGCACGCCUGCCCAGGGCCCUUACCGUGUGGUGCUCGACACCGGCUCAAGCAACCUCUGGGUUCCCUCGGUCUUCUGCGCUUCGGCAGCAUGCUCGACCAAGCCGCGGUACAACGCCACGGCUUCGACCACUGCUGUUGCUGAUGGCCAGCCAUUCGCUGUGCCGUACGGCACCGGCUUCACUGCCGGCUCGCUGGUCAUCGAUACCGUCCAUGUGGCCGGGCUUAACAUCAAGUCGCAGAAGCUGGGCCAGGCUGAUGUCAUGGCCAAGUUCUUCGAGGACGAGCCGCUCGACGGUAUCCUCGGCCUCGCCUUUGACGAGAUCUCGGAGCCCAAGGGCGUGCCGACGCCGUUUGACAACAUGAUCUCGCAAAAGCUGCUGAGCAAGGACCUGCUCCAGGUCUUUCUCUCCAACGACGUUGCACCCGGCAACACCGAGUCUGUCUUCCUCUUUGGCGACAUCGACGAGUCAUACGUCAAGCCCGGAGCCUCGUUCUUCUACGUCAACGUCGACUUUCCGUCGUACUGGCUCAUCCGCAUGACCCAGGUCACUGUCGGCAGCUUUGCCCACAAGUGCGCGUUCCUCGGCUGCGCCGCCGUUGUUGACACCGGUACCACCAUCCUCGCCAUCCCGUCCAACGACGCCAAGGGUGUCAUCGAGGCCGUCGGCACCGUCAAGUCCGACUGCUCCAACGUUGACUCGCUCCCCACCAUCUCGCUCACCAUCUCGGGCAACAAGCUUGACCUCGCUCCGCAGUACUACGUCCUCAAGGUCCAGACCUCCAACUCGACCGAGUGUGUCCUCGGCAUCGAGUCGAUUCCGGUCGAGGAGGCCGGCCCGCUCUGGAUCCUUGGCGACGUCGUCCUCCGCCAGUACACCACCGUCUGGGACCGCUCGGUCAGCCCGCCCCGCGUCGGCUUUGCCCCCGCCAACCAGCCGCCGCCCACCUUUUGAUUCUAUCUAAAAGAUCCACUAUUUUCCCCCCACAACGUAAACCUUGCUGACCCACCA